CUGCUCGCCUCCUCACAAAGUGCCGACCCUCCCCGCCCCGCCGCGCGCAUCUCCCCCACUCCACCCUCCCCGGGUCUCCGCGCUUCCCUCAGGAAGUGACAGACAUCAGGCCCCUUCCUCCGCUCCGUCCUCCCGGACUGAAGGCCCUUCCCAUCCCCGUCCCCGCUCACACCCGGGCCGGCGACGCGACCAUGAGGCCCCGGAGGUUCUUCAGAAGAUGAUGAGGUCAUUCAACCAGGUUUCAUCAGCCCCAGGCGGGGCCAGCAGCAAAGGUGGAGGAGAGCCAGGGAAGCUGCCGGAGAAAGCAGAGGAGGAAUCCCAGGUUUUGCACGGAACUGGCCACUGUAAGUGGUUCAAUGUGCGCAUGGGAUUUGGAUUCAUCUCCAUGAUAAACCGAGAGGGAAGACCCUUGGAUAUUCCAGUCGAUGUGUUUGUACACCAAAGCAAACUAUUCAUGGAAGGAUUUAGAAGUCUAAAAGAAGGAGAACCAGUGGAAUUCACAUUUAAAAAAUCUUCCAAAGGCCUUGAAUCAAUACGGGUAACAGGACCUGGUGGGAGCCCCUGUAUAGGAAGUGAAAGAAGACCCAAAGGGAAGACACUACAAAAAAGAAAACCAAAGGGAGAUAGAUGCUACAACUGUGGUGGCCUUGAUCAUCAUGCUAAGGAAUGCAGUCUACCUCCUCAGCCAAAGAAGUGCCAUUACUGUCAGAGCAUCCUGCACAUGGUGGCGAACUGCCCACACAAGACUGCUGCACAGCUGCCUGCCAGUUCUCAGGGAAGACAGGAAGUGGAGUCCCAGCCAUACCCCCCCACAGCCCCUGCAGAAGUGGGAGGAGGGCAUGGCUGCACGUCACCACCGUUUCCUCAGGAGGCGAGGCCAGAGGCUGCAGAGCGGCCGAGCAGGUCACUUCCAGAAGCUUCCUCCACAAAGUUGUCAGCAGCACCAGAAGAACCAAACAAAAAGGGGCCUUCAGUUCAGAAAAGGAAAAAGACAUAACCCUUGCUAGUGUCUUGCGUUGUGUACCUGGUUGGGAAGUCUACCUCAUGCACACACAGGGAACAGUAUUUCACCAAUAGCAGCUGGCCUGGGAUUUUUAACUACUGUUGAGGAACUGUGAAUUUUUAAAACAGACAAAUCACUCUAAGCAAAUUGUAUUUGAGCAGGGUGUCUUGUUUUAUGUUACUCAGACUAUGAGAUGC